AUGGCAGACCAUUCCGGCGACCUCGUCUUUGACGACAUCCCCUCCGCUAUCAAGGCCUUUGCCGCUGGCGAGUUUGUUCUCGUGCUCGACAGCCCCAAUCGCGAAAACGAGGGCGACCUCAUCAUUGCAGCCUCAGCCCUCACUCCCGCAAAAGCCUCGUUUAUGAUCCACCACACCUCCGGCUACCUCUGCGCCGCCCUCCCCAACGCCCUCGCCGAUAAACUCGACCUGCCUCCCAUGGUCGCCGCUUCUUCAAACGCAGACCCCAAUCGCACCGCCUACACCAUCACCAUCGAUGCCUCCGACAACGUCACCACCGGUAUUUCCGCAACCGACCGCAGCACAACGUGUCGCUUGCUAGCAAAUGCAGAUGUAAAAGCCUCCGACUUCAGAAGACCUGGCCAUGUAGUGCCGCUGCGCGCAGUUGCUGGUGGUGUGCGUCAACGACAAGGACACACAGAAGCUGCAGUCGAGUUUGCAAGGCUGUCAGGCGACAAGAACCACGUCGGUGUUAUUGCAGAGAUUGUUGAGGAGUCAACGGAAGUCCCUGGAAAAGCUGAAAGAGGUGGUCUGCACAUGAUGAGGGCGAAAGAGUGUAUCGAGUUUGGAAGGAAAUAUGGCAUCAAGGUUGUCACAAUCGAGCAUUUGAAGGCAUAUGUGGAGGAGACUGAAGGAAAGUUGUAA